CAUCUUAGGAUGAAUAUUUAAACAACAAUCUUCAGUCUUGCUUCAAAAUGUCCCUGUGUGCAUCUUCUCACAAGGACUUUUCUCAGUUGCUGCCACUUCAGGAUAUUGGAUGCAAUAAAACAGAAAUUAAAAACUCACCCGCUGGUAUCGUCUCUCCAGUUCCCUACAGCUGUAAUCAAUCCACAUUGACAGCAGAACACAGUCCAGUCUACAUUCCCUCAUCUUAUGUGGAAAACAGACAUGAAUAUUCUGCAAUGGCAUUCUGCAGUCCUGCUAUGAUGAAUUACAACAUUACCAGCAACUUUGGAGAUUCAGAGAGUGCAUCUGUGAGGCAAACAUCAAGCCCCAAUGUGUUAUGGUCUGCUCCUGGCCAUCUCUCCCCUCUGACACUGCACUGUCAGUCAUCACUUCUGUACGCAGAGCAGGCAAAGAGCCCGUGGUGCGAAGCAAGACCCAUGGAGUCAGUGCUACCUGUGACCAGAGAAACGUUAAAAAGAAAAACUAAUGGCAAUGACUGUACAAGCCCGAUGGCAAAUAAUGCUGGCUCAAAAAGAGAUGCCCACUUCUGUGCAGUCUGCAGUGACUAUGCUUCAGGAUACCACUAUGGGGUCUGGUCAUGUGAAGGCUGCAAAGCAUUCUUUAAAAGAAGUAUUCAAGGACACAAUGAUUACAUCUGCCCAGCUACCAAUCAAUGCACAAUAGAUAAAAACAGGCGCAAAAGCUGCCAGGCAUGCCGGCUACGGAAAUGUUAUGAAGUGGGAAUGAUGAAAUGUGGCUCAAGAAGAGAACGUUGUGGGUAUCGGAUCCUGCGUCGCCAUCGUAAUUCAGAAGAUCAAGUGCACUGCAUUGGCAAAGCUAAGAAAUACAGUGAGACGGCAACUCGCGUGAAGGAGAUCCUGCUCAGCACAGUCAGUCCAGAGCAGUUUGUUUUAACACUACUUGAAGCAGAGCCUCCCAAUGUGUUGGUGAGUCGUCCCAGCAAACCAUUCACAGAGGCCUCCAUGAUGAUGUCCCUGACGAAACUGGCAGACAAAGAGCUGGUUCACAUGAUUGGUUGGGCCAAAAAAAUUCCUGGCUUCAUUGACCUCAGCCUCUAUGACCAAGUAAGACUCUUGGAGAGCUGCUGGAUGGAAGUUUUAAUGGUUGGUUUGAUGUGGAGAUCAAUUGACCAUCCUGGAAAACUAAUUUUUGCACCAGACCUUGUACUAGACAGGGAUGAGGGAAAAUGCGUAGAGGGAAUUUUGGAGAUCUUUGAUAUGCUCCUGGCCAUGACCUCAAGGUUCCGAGAGCUGAAACUGCAGCACAAGGAGUAUCUGUGUGUCAAGGCAAUGAUCCUCCUCAAUUCCAGCAUGUUUCCCUUGUCAGCAGAAGAACCUGAAAGCAACAGGAAACUGCAUCACCUGCUUAAUGUAGUCACAGAAGCUUUGGUGUGGGUUAUUGCCAAGAGCGGAAUCCCCUCGCAGCAGCAGACAACUCGUCUGGCCAACUUGUUGAUGCUCCUCUCACACGUCAGACACGCAAGUAACAAGGGAAUGGAGCAUCUCCUGAGCAUGAAGUGUAAAAAUGUGGUCCCAGUGUAUGACUUGCUGCUGGAGAUGCUGAAUGCGCACACUCUCCGAGGCCAAAGGAAGUCCCCGGUCACACAUCCCGAAUUUAGCCCAUUAGAACAAAUGGAGACUGGUGACAGUCUGCGAAAUGGGGCAGCCCAGUAAGUCUGUCAAGACCUGGGAAUGUGAAGCUUGUUCAAAGUUAUGGGAGAAAACAAAGUUAUGGGAGAAAACAAAGCUCCUGGGAGGACUGCUGAAGUGUGACCAAGUGCAAGGCCUCAUCUCUUCCAGAUUUGCACAUCGGGAUCUCGGGAAAGGCUCGUGGGACGCACACCUCUGUCCGUGUUUCUGACAUUGUAACAGCUGCACUUUUAUAGUGCCUUUUCUGAGACUCUUCAAAAGCACCUUAUGAAAUUAAGCCUCAGAACAGCACUGUGAGACAGGGAAUUACUGCCUCUCCUUUUCAGAGGAACGUGAGCUGAGACAGAGAGAUAAAUGGCCUGUUUUAAGAUGACAGAAGUUGUCUGUGUCAAGGCUAGGAGUGAGCUCCGAGGUCUCCAUCUCCCAGACUAAGGCUUUUAAGCACCGACUAGGUAAUCUCCUCUUUCAGUGUGAGAUUGUAUGAAAUGUAGAGCAGCAUCAUUUGGGACAGAUCCACUUACCUGUGUGUGCU